AGCGCAAAGGGGUCUAUUAUUCUGCCCCACAUACUCAACCGUCCAGCCUAUUGUGCUGUCCCUGCAUCGCAGUUUAAGCCUAUCGACCUGAAGCUUGCACAAAUACCCGUCGAGUAUAUACAGGAUUCAUUUGCUGAGCUCAGGCCUGGCAUGCUCAACAUACUUGCAUCAGUGGAGUUCAAAUCGAUUUGCGAUACUGGCGAGAACCUUCCGAAGGAGGUUUCACUGUCCGUGAACGAUGACUUUUCUGAUGCGCCGACACAUAUCUUUGCAAUACAUGAUCACCAGCCAGACCACCUCCGGAAAUACAUCAUGCUCUACCCCACACACCAUCUUGUCUGGGUCACGAAUUGCAUCAAACUGCUCAAGUUUGCAUCCUCGCAUCCUGGGCAGCUCACCUCUGGUGAGCCAUACACCAUCUCCGUCAUCCCACUGCGCAUCUUGCACUCUGCAACCUUUGCCGACCUCGUGGCCUACAUCUACUCCAAA